AUGCAUUUGACUUUUAAAGUAAGCUUAAAAACAUAUGACAAUAUGUACAACAUUCAGGACAAUAUAAUAAAUCCCAUAACGUUUAACUUUCUAAUAAAUGAGAAAUUUAAAUAUUUUCCUAUUUUGUAUGUCCACUUCUACACCACAAGCAUCAACUUGAAUAUCACCACUUCGUUCCUCUACUUGUACAAAUACUUGUACGCAAAUUUAAAUUUUAAGAAAGACAUCAGUGACGUGAAGAACUCCAACAUUGAGAUUUACAAUGAUCUUCACUCAGAAAUUAUCAUUUUUUACAAAACGAGGACGAAGAAUAACAACUACACAUGGAAGUUGAACAUUAUAGACAAGAACGAAUACCACCAGUUUCCCUGCGAGUGCCUCUACUUUUGCAUUAACAAGCAGAAGGAGAAAAAGAAGAUGAACUCUGAAUUUUACGAAAUGACUAGGAACUCGGAAGAUUUCAUUAUCACCAAUGAACACGACUUGAAUAGCGUUUUCAAGGACAUAUGCAAAAUUGGUUUUAAAAAAAAGAAUCUGCACAACUCAGUGGCCAAGCAUGAGAAGCACCUCCUCUAUGACAACACACAGAGUGUGUAUGACAUCCUCCAUCAGCUCACCUACCGGAUGCCCUUCCUAUACAGGGACCACGACAAGGACAACAAAAUUAUCAACAUAAUAAAGAAGAAGCCCUCCUGGAUUUACAUCGGCGUGCUAUACACGGACGAUUUGUACUCGCGUGCGUAUAAGGUUCCGAAUGUCAAGCACAACUUGCUGGUUGAGCCCGAAAUCAUAAGAAACAAGUGGUGCCUCUCCAUAGGUACCUGCAUACAAAUCGAAAACAACUCGGGGCUGUAUUUCAGAAUAUACAAGGAAGGCAAGACAAACUAUUUUUCGCGUGUACAUUUCAGGUGGAAGCUAAAAAAAAACAGAAAAUCCAGCGCGAACUACUCUGCGUGGGAAACAUCAGAUGGAGGAGCAAAAAAUGAAAAGCAUAAAAAGAAGAGCAAAGGGAACGUAAAAAAUUAUCACUACCAGCACGACCAGCAGCAUAACCACCACAGUUAUCAUCGUCAUAAUAAUAAACAUUUUACACCACAUGUAGAAAAAAACAAGAAAAAGGAAAGAUCGAAAAAAGGAGACUACAUAAACAUAUUGCCUUUCAGCAAGAGAGCCAUUCCGCUCUUCUGGUUGUACGAUUGUAGUUUGCCAUACAUUAAAAUUCUCAGAAAAAAAGAAAAAAAAUAUAACAUGAAAAACUUAAGAAAAAGCAAUAAAGAAGAAGAAAACUUGGACAUCGAAGCUGUUCCAUUUAAUAUCCUUUACAAACUAUUAAAUAAGUAUGCCCUUAAUAACAAUAACAUUUACCAGAAGAAGCUAGACAUAUCCCCAUCUGAGAUAAUUUUUAAAGGCUUGAUAAUGUUUCACUGUUUCGUAAAAGUUAAGGAUGUUCCCACUCAGCAUAUAAAAGACACUUCCUACAAUUACACGGUUGUCAUAGAACCCAUGGUCACCAUAAAGAACAACCUACCAAACCCCAUCACGGUCAUUGUUAGAAUGAAGAAGAAGAAAAGUCUGUUCAGCAUCAGUAAAAAGAAGAAGGAAAAUAAGAUCGAGGAAGAAAAGCUCCACAAAACGAACUACGAAAUGAAUGAUGACAUUACGAAAAUUUUGAAGAAGCAGGAACUAUUCGCCCUGGUGCCUCCGCAUCAUUAUUGGUGCUUGCCCAUCUGCACACAGGCGUUUUACAUGAAGAUGUUUUACCAUGGACUGCAAAUAGAGAAGAUGAAUUUCAUAUAUGACUACGCAAAUGAAAUUAAGGGCUACUACGAUUUCAAGGACGUCAAGCUGCCCGACUGGAACGAGGCGUUCUACGGGGGCAAUAUUAAUAGCGCGAUGAAGAAGGGCAGCCAGGGAAGCAGCGCGUGCGAGUCCUACGCCGUGAAUGCUGAAGGCGGCGCCACAAACGAUCGCACAAGCCAUGGCGCAAACCAUCGCGCAGAUGAUGAUCGAACCGCUGGCAACGACGACAAGAACAUCCACAACAACCACAACCGAAGCAAUGGAGACGGUGCGUGUAACUUGAAGGAGGAGCACGCCAAAAAUAUCAACUAUUGGCAGUACAGAAAUAGAGGUGCGUCCAACAUCAAGAGAGACAGCCGAAUGCUGUACGACGAAAUGAUGAAGGAAUUUCAAAACAAUGACAGGAAUGGAGAAGCAACCAGUUGUAAUAGUCCCAGCACGAACAGAAAAAAAAACAUCUACGACAAUUUAUUCAGAAAAAACAUAAACAAUAUGCACAGUUUUGACGAAAACGAGGAGAAUAACUAUCAGGGGAGGAAUAAUUUCAAGUACAAUUUUUUGUACGCAACGGAAGGUUUUUUUCCCAUUUAUAUGCCAACCACUGAUACGAUUACGUCGACCAAGGUGCUGAACCACAAGUUUGGUCUAAUUGGCAAUAUCUUCUCGUAUGACGAAUUGAAGUAUAUUUAUUUCGAAAAUAAAAUAAAUCAAAUGAAUAGGAAGGUGUAUGAUUAUUUGCACACUUUUAAAAACAUCACUGUUUCUGCUGAUGUGUCCAGGAGAAAAAUCGAUUUUUAUUUCCCCUUCUUUUUUGAAAAUACAACAAAUGUGUGCAUCUACGUAAAUAACAAGUUGUUGCCGCCCAAUAGCCGUUUAUACAUGACGGAGGAGGAAGCCAAAAGUGUGAGGAUUAAAUCGUACAAGCAUGAUUAUGAUAACAAUUUAAUUCUGUGCAGUAAUGUCAGCGGCAAGAUUGACUGCACAAGGACUAACAUGAUACGACCUCUGAUAAAUUUGAUUUAUAGAAAAAUCACCAGAAAGCAGAAGGUGCGAUUUUGGGAAAAAUAUGAAGAGAGGAAAAAAAAAAACAGCAACUUAAUGAACGCGCCUGGCUUCGAGGAGGAAGAGGAACAACACACUCCUGGGGAUGACGCAGAUAUGGUGAAAGCACUAAGCAGAUUCAAGGUAAAAGUAGUGAAAGACAUCGAUGACGCAGUGAAAGAGAAAGACGAUAAUUUAUUUAAUGAUUAUGAUGGCGAGGUGGACAAACGAGACACGAAAGAAAAGAAAAAUACGAAUAACAGCAGCAAAACGAACAACACGAAUGACGCCCCCGCUCUGGGUUCUGCAAAAUCUCUAAGAAAUGAGACAAACAGCGAAGAGAAACAAAGCGAGCUAGGUGAACACACCCCAAGGAAACUAUCUGAAAAGACAGACGAAAUAACCUGUUCGAAAAACUUAAGUGACCCCUAUUACCUCCCACACAACAAGAAUGAUUUAUAUUAUUGUAACUCCAAGUUCUCUGAAAUCUCAGCAGACUCAAAUGAGGAGGCAAGGGGCAAAACCACCAAAAAGUCGCCAACACACAAGUCGUAUAAAAAUGCACUCAAAAAUAUGCUCAUGAGUAAUAAAACCCUAUUUACGAGAAGAAGAAAAAUGAGUGAGAAAUCGUCAGGCUCAAUUAGAAAUUCUAAAAGAAUUAGAAAAUUUAGAUUAUUUCAUAUGCAUGUAAAAAGAGACAAAAUACAUGCAGUGCGAGAAGAUGAAGGAUAUUUUGAAAACAUGGAUGAGAGGGAAGAACCCUAUGGAAACGACGGAAAUGAGGACUCCGUCGAUAGCAGUUACUACGAUACACAUGAUAAUGAUAGCAAGUUGAAAAAAAAAAGUAAGAAGAGGAGAAAAAUGAAGAGGACGAAUUUUAGCUACUCAACGAGGGGAUCGGGCCAGAAAAGACUUUUCAUCAAAAAUUUGUACUCACUUGAUAAGUUGGGACAUAAAUAUUUUAGCAAAGAGAAGAAGGACAAGGAUUUGUCAUCCCAGGGAGGAAGAGACAUACACGAUUCCUUCUCUUCAGAAAAUGAAAAAUCAACAGGAGCUUUCCCCGCCUCGCAGGUAAGUUUUAGCAUUUUCCAUCUGUUUAAGGAGAAGGAAGAAACGAGGAAGUGCUCCGAAUUUGACGAAGACAUUUCCGACGAUAACGCGAAUGAUCAGAUCGAAAUGGAAAAGGAGGAAGUGGAAGAAGAGGAAGAAGCAGAGGAGGACGACGGGGCGGGCGUAGACGAAGACGAAGAGGAUGAUGCGUUCCAUGCGAGCAACAGAAGGAAGAACAAGCACGACAUUUUGAAGUUCAGUUUGAUAAAAAAGAGAAAAAAGAAGAGAAUAAAAGGGGCACAUGAUAACGAGCGCGAAAAUAAAAGCGAAAAGAACAAUUCAAAACUUAGCAAAGGGGAAAAAGGAAUGUAUAAGAAAAAGCGGUUCAAAAUAACCCCUUUCUUCAGCUCCAUCAACAGGAGACACAAGGGGAAGGUGCCCAAUGGAUCGGCAAGCCAUGCAAAAAGUGCAAAGUUAUCCUCGGGAAAGUACCAUUUUGAUGGCAGUUCCUCACAGAGCGACAAUUACAACAAAAUCGCAAGCAAAGGGAAGUCUUUUCAGCGAGGACAAAAUGGAGAUGCCUCCCCUACAAGGAUAGCCUUCCUGGAGAGCAACCUGCACUCUAAAUGGAACAGAAACGAUGUUCAGAUAGAAGCUGAGAACGAAGCUGCAGAUGAAGAAGGAGACGAAGUUGGAGACGAAGCAGGAGACGAGGGCGCUAACGAAGUGAACCACAAACCGGAUACAAAAAGAAGGACGUCACUGAGGGAUUUCACAAGAAAUAAGAGAGAAAACAGAAAAUCGAAAAUGAAGAAAAAGGAUUAUUACGAAGGAGGAUUUCUGUCCUUAGGAAUCUGCGUCAGAUAUGCCGAGGAGCCAUUUAAUAAAUCAAAAAUUGUUACCUUUGUCAAUAGCUAUAUAUUCAUAAAUAGGCUUCCAUUCGACGUAAAAAUUGCUACCGACUCGGGUAGAAAGUCAGAUAGCAUUUUUACAACCAAUAAUGUAGUCCUUAACUCAGAUUUUAACAACGCGUAUAAAGAAAUACUCCCAUUAGAUGCCCUCACCGUUAACAAAAGUGUGAAUAACUAUAAAUCGUCGAGACACACCACGAUGGAAAAAGACGUGUGCGCAAUUAACGUCGGUGAUUCGUCCAGAGGGAGGGAAAUUUUCACCCUUGACGUAAGCAAGGACGAAGCGGCAGACAUGGAAGCCUUCCGAAUUGGGGAUACCCAAAAGGAGAGAAAUACGACAAACGGGGGUUCUAGAAAAGCGUCCAACAUAAACCAUAGCAGCUUUAACGAACAUGGAGGGCAUAUCGAAGGUAGGAGCCACCUGAUGGUGGAGAGAAGCUCUGCAAAUUAUGACCAUAACAAAGCACCAACUGUGGAGGGAAACCAGACGGUGCAAACAUAUAGUACCAAUAGUAAAAACGCAAAUGAUGCAGAAAUGGCAAAGAAAAAUGAGACGUACAUAAGAAGUGGAGAAAUCACAGCUUUCCACUACCAUAGGAGUUACAUAAAGAUAAAGGACAUCACAGAGGGAUACAGCUCGCAGCCUUUUUCCCUAAUCCCGAAGAAUGUCCCAUCGAAUUUCCAGAUCGAAUUAUUCAACAUAAAUAAAUCGCAGAUAAAUAACACAAACAAUUUGCUGGUAGAAGUAAACGUGUGCAGUGGUAUUUUUGGAGACAAGCAGCAAUUGCCGUACGCAUACAAUGGGUACUUUUACAUUCUAAGUCUUCCGGUUAGACCCAAAUUCGAAAUUAUCAACGCCACGAAAUUUAUCAUAGCGUACGCAACGGAUGUGAAUAAGUACACAAAGAAGUAUAUGAACAAUAACUACGACAGAUAUUUGGGCAGAAGCACGAAGAAUGGAGACUUCCCUGUGAAGAUGAUUUAUCCUUACAGCUCCAUUUACUACACCCUGAGGAACAAUAACGAAAUUGAGUCCUCCAAAAUUGCCCUGAAAAUUGUGGGCGUCCAGAAAAGCUCGUGGUGCAUCAAUUCUAUUAACUCCUUCAUUGACAAUGUGGUCAUGCUGCCUUAUAGAGUGUACGGGGAGAAUAAGCUUUCAUCGGAGAAUAAGCGUUCGUCGGAGAAGAGUUUCAGGGGUAGGAGAGAUAGCCACAAAAAUGAGAAAGACGCAUAUUUUAUAACACGUCGAAGAAAUUCACAAAAAACGUACCUGCAAAGUAGAGGGGGGAAUGUCCUUUUGGGAGAAUUCCACUCCAACGAUAGCUUCGCAGAAGUGAAAAACGACAACCGCAUUCUUAACGGGGAUGGAGAAAAGGAAGAGGAUGGAAAGAGAAGAGAGAAAAUGGAAAAGGAUAACAUGUUGCUAGGGCAUAACUUGGUCAACAAAGAGUUAUACUCCUUUCUGAUUAUAAGAGAUAAUGGAAGCAGAGCUAUUGUCAUCACAGAAAAGUAUAAUCUAGCAAGAGAAAUUGUGAGCACAAAAAAUUUCAGUAAAAUUCAUAAGUUAAUCGCCAUAAGUAGCAGGAAAAAAAUCUUACUAUCGAAUAAAAACGCCAACAGGAAAUACAUGUUGGAUUAUAAAAAAAAGAAUUUUGUUUAUUUCAAUUUUCCAAUCGUUCCUGUGAUAUACAAAAUUAACAUCCCCAGAUUGACCGUCACGUGGAUUCACAGACAAGACGUGAUCAUUGCUAUCCACCUGUCCAAUUUGAAAUACAGUGGUCAUAUAUACCCCAAAGAAAUUAUCAACUACGAUAUAAAUCAGAUGUUCACACCCAUCAACAUUUUAAAAAGGAAAGAAGUGGAAGAAUACGUACAGUACGUUUUUCUGAACAGUUAUGUAGAUUCCAUUUUCCUGAUCGAGCAGAUUCAUAUAGACCACUUCGUAAAGGGGGACAUCCCCGUCAUCCUGAAAAACACCAAUAUUGAGGAGAAUGAAGACAUAUUUUUAUAUAUUCACGUAAAGCAGUACUGUGUGGACUCGUUUAAGCAGGCCCCCAUAUAUCAAAGUAUAAUGAUUAAGAUCUCCCCCAUCAACGCGAACAUCGAAUUGUUGGUGAUUGAGCAGUUAAUAGAAAUUAUAGAGAAGGAAAAGCAGCUGUUGUUGCUGUACGAACGGGAAGAGAAAUCAUUACCCCCUCUCAUUGCGACAUCAGAAACGGCGAGAAGUGCCAUUAACACAACGCUGAAAAUAUUUUCCGAUGCGAACUUUCUCAAAAUGAUAUAUUUGGACGAUUAUAUCAGGAGGAAAACAAAGAAGGAUUUCAUCCUGAAGAACAACCAAAUUGUGAAUAAUAGUAUUAUCUUGAAUUCUACAAAUAAAUACCAAAAUAAAUACAAGACUAUACGUAACUAUGAGCACAAACGCAUGAAGGACAGCGAAGCAGAAAUUAAGCCAAAUGCUUAUUCGUAUUAUUUUAGCUCCCCCAAAGCUAGAAUGAUAACACAGAAUAGACUACUCAGCAUUAACAAAAUCACUGAGAAAAUGUGUUCGGAGGACUCCACCAACAGCUCCAUAUCAACAAAUCUGAGUAGAAAAAAUAAAAACACCAACAGUGUACAUAAAAAAAUAUGCAAAAAGUUAGUAGGGUAUUAUAAGUACAAGAAAGUGCAUAAUUUGAUCAAUAAUACCUACUACAACAUUAACAACAUGAAUGAUGAGCGUGUGUUGCCAAUAAAGAUUCAGUACUUCAGAAAUCAGAAAAUUUUUAUGAAUGCAUUUUCUUCUCACCUAUUUUUGCACCCAAAUCCGAGAUGGAUGGACAAUCAGAGCAAGCAUGUAUAUAUCAGGGAGUUCAAAAUUACCCCCAUUGAAAUUAUAGCCUCUAUAAGGACUUCCGAACACAGGAUUUCAAGGAGAAUACUACACAUUGUGGAUGCACUACCCGUCGAUACUCCCUCUAUGAGAAUACAUUUGAUUUCGCAAAAGAGGAAUUAUAUGGUCUGUACAUGGGAUGGCUUAUUCCAGUCUUUAAGGGUCUCUUACUUCAGACAACUUCUGAGACAGUCCCUACCCAGCGCAUGGCUAUCCAACCCCUUUGCGUUUAUCAAAGGGUUCAUAAAUGGAAUCUUUGCCCUGUUUAAAGAAACGGUUAGGGGAGUUAAAACGAGUUCAAACUGCUUCGAUGGAUUCAUGUCCGGAUUUAAGUGCGGAAUUAUCAUACUUGUUGUGAACACUGUUGGGGGGUUAUUCCAAUCUUUAAGUCAUAUGUUAAAUGUCUGUCAUAAAUUAAUGGGAGGUUCAAGGCCACGACCACCAAGUAUCUUAGAUUCUAUAAUUCUCGGAUUUGAUGGAUUGCUUCUAGAUACAUUUUACAGACCCUGGGUUUCGUUAUUCAAUGAUCCGAAGAUCUCUCUAAACAAAGGAAACAGCACUCUAAAAACUGUGUGCAUCAUAAUCGGGUGUAUUCUCAGGUGCAUUUUUUCUCCAAUCUUUGGCCUGCUGAACCUUUCUGCCUCCAUUACGGAAGGAUUUGCAAACACGCUCAUCGGCGACUUUGAGAGAUUCUCCAGGGUUCAGGAGCGCGCGGAGUUUGAAACGGAGAAGGUGCAUAACGCGGUCGCCGCCAUGAGAAGGGGAAAAAGCUACAUGAAGAAGACGACGAGACACGAGAAGGGCGCCUAG